GUAGUUCAUGUUUGGCAGUGAGUAAUUGUUUCUGUUACUUUAAAGAAAGUGAGCGGAGGUGCUGACUUCCCCAGUUGUCCUCGUCGUAGCUUUGUGGACUGCCCCUGUUGACCGCACCGCGGAACUGUUUACGUGAAAGGACAGGAAGACCAGGUUAGCAGCGCCACUGAACAGUUUGGAUUUUGUAUUUUGUGGAUAUGACUGGAUCACUCUUGUGGAUUUAACAUUACAAGGGCGUUGAUGCAUCUAAUGCUUCGUGGAAAUGGGAGACAAAGAAGAGAACAAGGACCUAAAUGUGGAGCAAGAUGCCUUUGAUCGUAUUGGGAAGAAAGAUGUCGCUGAGACAGGAACAGACUCCCGUCGGCUGAUCAAUUCACUCACUGCUGAGACUGGGGGCAUCACAGUGGGGCCAAGUAUCCAAGCAAACAACGUUAGCAAUAUAAAUUAUUACAUCACUGCCAGAACAGCACUGGAAGAGCCAGACUUGAACAAAAGAAAGAUGGUUUGUCAACAAAAUUACAAAAAAGAAGUAGAAAAAAAUAUGGAAAAAUGAAAGACUACAAUUCCCUGACAGGGGAAUGGGUGAAUUUUAAUAGAAGAUACACAAAGCUGCUCAUCCUCAGAAGACAUUUGAAAUUAAAGGAAAGGGAAUAUGAGCUGAAAUCAAGAGGACAUCUGGAGUUGAGAAAGAAAUGUAAAAGCGAUGAAGCCAUGUGCAUUCAAGUGGAAGAUGUAUUUGCUGCAGAUGAAAAUGGAGAAAUACCUUCAACUAUUGUACUCCAGGGACCAGCAGGAAUUGGAAAAACAUUCACAGUUAACAAAAUCAUGUACGACUGGGCAUCAAAGAACAUCUUCCAGGGCAAGUUUGAUUAUGUUUUUCAUUUUAGCUUUAGAGAGCUCAAUACAAAAGGUAACGUUAGCUUGAUCGAAUUGCUCUCCGACCUGUACAGCGAUUUAAAUCUUAAGGAAAUACUAGCUUGUCCAGAAAAACUCCUUUUCUUGAUGGAUGGUUUUGAUGAAUGGAAGUUUCCUUUAGAUCAUUAUGAUGUUGGCCUGGGUGGAGAUGAGCAUACAAAACAGCCAGUUGCAAUCACAGUCAGUCGGCUUCUUAAAAGGAAAAUUCUUUCCAAAUCUACCCUGUUGAUCACAACGAGGCCUUCCUCUUUAGAAACCCUUGACAAAGGCGUGACUCUGCAACGCUUUGCAGAUCUUCUUGGGUUUUCAGUAGAUGAAAUACAUCAAUAUGUGUCUAAUUAUUUUGAAGCCAAGGAGCAAGCUGCACAAGCACGAAACUACUUCAAAGAAAAUGAAUCUGUCUUGACCCUGUGUUUUGUUCCAGUUGUCUGUUGGAUUGUUUGUGAAGUAAUAAAACACAGCAUUGAUUGUGGAGAAGAACUUACAAUGAACUUGAAAACAGCCACCCAAGUUUUUGUUCACUUUAUAAUUACCCUGCGAGAACACCAUGGUAACAAUUUACCAUUGGAUAUCAUUCACAAGCUUGGCCCACUGGCUUUGGAAGGGGUCAGGAAACAGCAAUUUUUAUUUCCGGAAGAAGAACUGGAAAAGCUUAUUUCCAGUCCAGUUCAAAGUGUGUCUGCAUUUAUCAAUAAAAUACAGUUUAAGCAGGGCCUUAGCUGUCAAUCUGCAUACCAUUUUUUGCAUUUAAGUAUCCAAGAGCUGUUUGCUGCCAUGUUUUGUGUCUCAGGCAUGUCUGAUGAAGAAAUAAAUACCUUGCUCAAUGACUCCCUUCAUAACAAAAGUCUUUUAAAUGUAGUUCAAUUCAUGUUUGGGCUUGCAAACAUGAAAAUACAAGCGUUGAUCCCAGACAGUAAUCUACUACCUAUUUCUGUAUUAAGAACACGGUUGGAAAAAUGGAUGAAAGAAGCCUCAAGAUAUGUCUGCAUUCUUGAAUUGCUACAUUGUUUGUUUGAGAUUCAGGAUGAGGAGUUUGUUAAGAAGUCAAUGGCAGACAUGAAUGUAUUGUCGUUCAGGCAUGGCUGUGUUAAUAAAAAGGAUUGCACUGUGAUAAAAUAUUGCAUCGAGCAACGUGGUGAAGUGGACAGGCUUGAUCUCAUGUUUUCCAUCUUGAAGGAAGAUGAAGUAAAAGCCCUUGUGGAAGUUCUUCCAAAAUGCAAAACUUUUUACAUGCAAGCCGAUUAUCUCACCGAAGACACAGUAAUGAACUUCUGUCAGAUGCUUUCUACACAGCCCAGCCGGAAAUUCUUGUUCCUGGAAAUAACGAUGAGAAAAGAAGGGCUGAAAUUGUGCUGUGAUACAGCUGAUAGUGGGGUGGAAGAGGAAUGUUUAUCAAUUGACGGUGAUCUCCCUGAAGAUUUCAUUUGGAACAUCUGCACUUUGAUUAUUCCAAAAUAUAACUUUGAAAGCAUAUCCAUCCAGAAUUCUCAUCUUACCAGCAACUUCAUAGAAAAACUGGAUGGUGUUUUGAAAAUGUCAACCAUUGAUCUCCAGCCUCUUCGCAGCAAAAAUGACUCUACAAUUCGAAAGUGUCGAAAAUGCUAACUAAUGAAUACACAGCAUAGUAUCCUUCUGAAAAAAACUGCCAAGGUCAAAUGAUGGCUAAUGCAUGGAGACCAUUAAACACACCACAAAUGAACUUGAGAAUUUUACAAGCUGAAACUAUUGAUUUUUAAGUUGACCACUUUAUAAGACACAAAACAACUAUGCA